AUGGAAUACAGUAUCGAUUGUAGAAUGUGGCGAUCGGCUUCGAUGGGCGCUCGUCUGUGUGCAGGACUGGCACUGGCAUUGUCGCUGGCACUGGGUGCCGGUCGCCGCGACUUCAAAGACCCCGAGGGUCGUCAUCAUUCUGACCUUUCUUUAUGGAUUGAUGAACGACAAGUGCGAAUGUUUAGUGGUAUAUCAAUGCAAGUAUUUGCUAUAAUUAAUGGUCACGUAUCUCCAUACGUUUUGGACCCAAACUUCUCAAAUAAACUACCAGUCAUACCUUCGGAAGUCGGAUACGUUAACUUCACAUGGAAGUCAAAAAAGAGAUAUUAUUACGACUUUGACAUUUUGACUUCGUCAGAUUUGAAUAUAUUGAAGCCGCCAGUAUUAUCUAUCAAAACUCGAGGACGGGUGCCUAAAACAUCUAAAGAAUUCAGUAUAAUAUUGCCAUGUGUUGGUAACAACAGCGGUGUAGCCACAUUCGAAAUAGGGCUUGUGCUAAAAAAUGGCAAAGGUCUCCCACUAAAAGGCACACCACUAAGGCUACACCUAAAGAAGGAAUGCGCACAGAGAGGUGUGUAUUUAGAAAGGACAGGUCCAGACCCGGAGUGUGAUAAAAAAUGUGCAAACCAGGGGUGGUGCAAUAACGAGAAGAUAUGUCAAUGUCCUGAAGGGUACAUGGGCCAGGAUUGCAGGACUGCUCUGUGCUACCCACAAUGUAUGAACGGGGGGAAUUGCACCGCACCAGGAGUGUGCUCCUGUCCCACGGGCUACCAAGGGAGGAAUUGUGAAGGAGGUAAGUUACUGUCAAGAUCAAGCUGA